GACCCUGGGGCGAGAUGCCUCUGAAGGUGGUGGUGGAGCUGCAGAUCCACGCGGUCACGUGCCCUGGUGUGUUCUUGCCAGAGAAACAUGGCGUUUACCUCAGUGUCUGCAUCCUGGGUCAAUACAAGGAGACAGACUGCCUUCCUCCAAUUUUUCCCCUCUUGUUUCAUGAGAAGAUGUGGUUUGAAAAGGUUUUCAAAAGUGCCACAGAUCCUGCUGCUGUAAUGGAGAUGCUGGAAAGCAAUGUAGUGAAAUUUGGAUUAACUCAACUAGUACCUCCAGUAGGGGACGAUCUUGCUUUUUAUGAAGAGAGUACUCGAGAUUUUCUCUUCCCCGUGCCCAAGCUGAUGCCUGCGUAUCCUGGUGUGGACAGAGAGGUAUUGAUGAAAACAGCUCCUGGUUUUCCAGGAAUUACACCAAAAAUAGAGUUUUCUACAAGAACAACCAUCACAGAGCUUCCACGUCAGUACAGGAAGCCAAUUCGUGGCAGAAACAGAACAAGGAUACAAAGAUCUUCAUCUGUGUCACCCACAUGGAGGAGUAUUUCAUCUACACGAUGUAAGACAACUAAGAAAAAGGAUAAGAUCUGUAAAAGACUGACACGAUCAUUAAGGUCUCACUCCCCUUCUCCAAAUGCUACAAAGCUCUGCAGAGAAAACCAGCUGCAGCUAUCUAGGCUAAGCCUGGGGUCUGCUGGAUACAAGGCAGGAGCUGAAGUCAGGCCACCAUUUGUAGUUAGACAUGUAGACAGUAUUAACCCAUUUGGUGAAAAAAGUUCUCCAGAGUUACCUCAUCGAAAUGUGAAACAAAAUAUGAGACCAUCAAGGGAUUCUCUUGAAUUUCAGUUGAAACAAGCAUUAUCUUUUGAUAACUGUGAAGCAUCAAAUACCUCAGUUAAGGUUAUCAGGGAGCCAGAUGAACAGAACACAUCUGAACAUGAUUCAUCAUCUCUUGACACCGAUGAACUUGUAAAUUAUUCACAUUCUCCCACUCAAAGAGAUUCAGCUUUUCAACGUAUAGCUUCAUUUGCCACCUCUCAACAUCACAGGUCACCAAGUCCUGCUCAGAGUCACUCUCCUCCCCAACACAGUUGGGAAAGGAUCCAUGAGAGAGUACGGAGCCUUCUCACCUCAAACCAGGCCAGGCAGAGGCUUUCAUUUGGAGCCACUGAAUCUGAGGUUGAUGAGGUCCUUGAAAGAAGGUGCAUCUCUUUGAGGAGUUCCCCACAGAAUGACCUGCUGGAGCAAAGAUAUUGCUAAGAAGUUGUCUUCAGAAAGUCAUACUUGUCUAAUUCUCUUAGGAGGGACAACUCAACAACUUCUGGAAACCUAUUUGAAGAACCAGUUCUGACUGACACCUCCAUUUCAGAGUUGGGGAGUGGUUUGUUUUCCAUGUGGUGUUUAGUCUAAUCUGUCUUGAAGUGAAG